CCGCGCGCAGUGGCCGCAGAGCGGCGGAGCGGGCGCGCUCCGGGGAACAUGGCGGCGGCCGACCUCGCCCAGAUCCCCGAUGUGGACAUCGACCCCGACGGCGUCUUCAAGUACGUGCUGAUUCGAGUCCACGCGGCGCCGCCCUCCGGGGCCCCGGCCGCGGAGAACAAGGAAAUUGUGCGCGGCUACAAGUGGGCCGAGUACCACGCGGACAUCUACGACAAGGUCUCCGGCGAGCUGCAGAGGCAGGGCUUCGGCUGCGAGUGCCUGGGCGGGGGGCGCAUCUCCCACCAGAGCCAGGACCGGAGGAUCCACGUGUACGGCUACUCCAUGGGCUACGGACGCGCCCAGCACGCGGUCUCCACCGAGAAGAUCAAAGCCAAGUACCCCGACUACGAGGUCACUUGGGCGGACGACGGCUACUGAGACCGCGCGGGGCUCCACCGCCAGCCGCUGCCCGC